UAUAACAUAUAUUUCAUUAAUAUUUAUUUUCAAAUUUAUUCAAAAGAUCAGAUUUAAUAAUCAAUUAUUGCUUACUGAGUGCAGAAUUUUGCUGGACUAAAGUUUGUGAUUGAGUUACAUUGAAAAGAUUCACGAGUAUAUUACGAGGUUCAGAGCGGCUGUAGAAACAGUUAUCCGCUAUAGCUCAGCUCGGUAACAUCGCGGAUAUUUUACAUAAGCGGAGAGCCGUAGAGAUAAUUAUCUGCAAAAGUCCACAUUGGCAAUCAAGUGUCAAUCAAGUGCUAAUAAUUCAUUUUUUGAAUAGAUUUUUGAAUAUUUGCUAUGGAGUACUGGUCGAUAUUGUUAUCAAUCGUCAUCGGUGCCCUCGGUAUCUAUUGUUUGUUUAAAAACUUUAAUUUUUUUAAAAGACAUGGUGUCAUUCAUAUACCGCUUGAUACAAUGCUAUGCAUUGUGGUAUCGGUAUUAUUUCGCCGAAUAUCAUUCGUCGACUUUAUGAAGAAGAUAUAUAACUUCAAUCCAGACGCUAAGUACUUUGGAUUUUAUGCCAUAACAACUCCGUUUAUCUUGUUGCGUGACCCUGAACUUAUCAAGACUGUCCUUAUCAAGAAUUUCGAUGCCUUUCCUAAUCGCCGCGGUUUCAGCGAAUUAAAUGAAUUGUUCGCAAAGAAUCUGUUUUCACUUCGCGGAGAAAAGUGGCGGGAUGUAAGAAAUCUGUUAAGCCCCUCUUUUACGUCCAGCAAGUUAAAGACCAUGUUCACCUUGAUGUCGGAAUGUGCAGUGGAUUUUGUUAAAUUUCUAUCAACACUGCCAACGGACAAAAGCGAUAUGGAUAUAAAAGACGCUUUUACUAAAUACACGAACGACGUCAUCGCAACGUGUGCUUUCGGCAUCAAGGUCGAUUCUAUGAAAGAUCCGGCGAACAAGUUCUAUAUUUACGGCAAAGACGCAACUGACUUUUCGGGAAUGCGCAGUAUCAAGUUUCUGCUUCUUACAAAUUUUCCGAGGCUUGGGCGCAUUCUGAAUUUAAAGCUUAUAAACGACUACGUGACAAAUUUCUUCAGAGAUAUUAUAAAGACCACAAUCGCCACUCGCGAUGCCGAAAACAUUACGCGUCCGGACAUGAUACAGUUGAUGAUGGAUAUCAGGGGCAAAGAAGGUCGACGAGAACUGAGUAUCGAUGAUAUGACUGCGCAAGCUUUUAACUUUUUCUUCGGCGGCUUUGAAACUAGCUCGGUCGCGAUGUCCUUUGCAGCUCACGCAAUCGCGACUAAUCUAGAUGUUCAAGUCAAGUUACGGGAAGAGAUCGACAAGGCUCUGGAGGAAUCAAAUGGGGAAGUGACUUACGAAGUCAUUAACCAGCUCGAAUAUUUAGACGCGGUGAUAAACGAAACUCUCAGAUUGUAUUCACCGGUUCCUUUCUUAGAAAGAUUAUGCGAAAAGGAUUAUGAGUUGCCACCCGCAUUGACGGGCGAGAAAGCUUUCACCGUGAAGAAGGGUAUGAUGCUGUGGAUUCCAGUUUCCUCAAUACAUUACGAUGAGAAUUACUAUGAUAAUCCGGACAAAUUUUAUCCAGAAAGAUUUUUAAACAACAAAACGCACCAAAACUCUUUAUUCUAUAUGCCAUUUGGAUUAGGACCGAGAAUGUGCAUAGCCAACAGAUUUGCUGUAUUAGAGAUCAAAGUUUUGCUGUUUUAUCUGUUAGCGCGAUGCGAAUUGAAACCUUGCGGUAAAACUGUAUUGCCAUUGAAAUUUAGCAAGAAAGAUAUAAUAAUAACGCCAGAGGGAGGAUUCUGGUUGAAUAUUCAGCGCAGAAGCGAUAUGCAUUCUGCGCUUGAACCUAAAAAUUAAUUGCAUUGCUAAUUUUGAGAAAAUACUUAUAUGUAUAAGUAUAUUAUAAUAGUAUUUGAUAUA